AGGAGCACGGGCAACGAAACCAGCCCCUUUUUACAGCAAAGUCAGUUAUGCUGUGUUAAUAACCUCAUGGGAAACAAGGGGGAAUCUCAACAGGGAUUUCGGUGUGAUGAAACAAAGGAACAAAGGAUGCUUUAGAAGAGACGCUGCAUUCAAGCCCGGAUUGUAUUUCAAGGCACACCGAUGGAUCUAUCUUCUCCCUGUACCUCUAGAUCAUGAUACUUAAUUGACGGGCCUUCUUAUGAUCCCUCCAUCUAUGGCGAACUAUAGCCAUGCAGCUGACCACAACAUCUUGCAGAGUGUAUCUCCCCUCACCACGUUCCUCAAACUGACCUCGUUGGGCUUCAUCAUUGGCGUCGGUGUGGUUGGCAACCUCCUGAUAUCCAUCCUUCUCAUCAAAGACAAGAGCCUGCACAGAGCCCCCUACUACUUCCUACUGGACCUUUGUGCCUCGGACAUCCUGCGGUCUGCUAUUUGCUUCCCGUUUGUGUUCACUUCUGUCAAGAAUGGGUCGGCGUGGACGUACGGUACGCUCACCUGCAAAGUGAUUGCGUUCCUGGGCGUCUUGUCCUGUUUCCACACCGCCUUCAUGCUGUUCUGUGUCAGUGUGACCCGCUACCUGGCCAUCGCCCACCACCGCUUCUACACAAAGAGGCUGACCUUCUGGACCUGCCUGGCCGUCAUCUGCAUGGUUUGGACACUGUCGGUUGCCAUGGCCUUCCCUCCGGUGCUGGAUGUGGGGACCUACUCCUUUAUCCGUGAGGAGGACCAGUGCACCUUCCAGCACCGUUCCUUCAGGGCCAACGACUCCCUGGGCUUUAUGCUGCUCCUGGCCCUUAUCCUCCUGGCCACCCAGCUUGUCUACCUCAAGCUCAUCUUCUUUGUCCAUGACCGGCGGAAGAUGAAGCCUGUCCAGUUCGUGCCAGCUGUAAGCCAGAACUGGACCUUCCACGGUCCCGGAGCCAGUGGCCAGGCUGCCGCCAAUUGGCUGGCAGGCUUCGGGAGGGGCCCCACCCCACCCACCUUGCUCGGGAUCCGACAGAACGCCAACCCAGCUGGCCGAAGGCGCUUGCUGGUGCUGGAUGAGUUCAAGACAGAGAAGAGGAUCAGCAGGAUGUUCUACGCCAUGACCUUCUUCUUCCUGACCCUGUGGGGACCCUACCUGGUGGCAUGCUACUGGAGGGUGUUUGCUAGGGGUCUGGCGGUGCCAGGAGGCUACUUGACGGCCGCCGUCUGGAUGAGCUUUGCCCAGGCUGGGGUCAACCCCUUUAUCUGCAUUUUCUCCAACCGUGAGCUGCGCCGUUGCUUCAGCACCACGCUCCUCUACUGCAGGAAAUCCAGGUUGCCGAGGGAACCCUACUGUGUUAUAUGAAGGCUUGUUUCUGUGAUUGAUUCUCGGGUGUGUUCCAUUCUACGCCACCCUCUCCUUCCACUGGGCAGAAGUGGACUGUCAGUCGCUAGAUGCAAAAGGGAAAGUUUUGAAGGCGGUAUGAAGAUAUUGUAAAUGUACGGGAAAUGGGAUGUUCUGUGUUUGUUAUGCUAUUCAUUGCUGUGGAAGCCAGCCUGUUUGAAGCCACACAAGCAAAAAUAUAAAAACGAACGGCAUAAUCUGGACAUUUGAAGAUUUUCUGUGAGGUAAG